CUUCAUCAACUCUACUAUGUUCACCAUGUUCACCAAGAUGGGUCUGUUCUACGUCCUCUGCAACUCCCUCACCUUUGCACUCUGCAGUGAUUGGCUGAGACUCUACAAUCAACUGAGCAGCAGCUCUCUUACUCUCAUUGAGAGCAUGGGUGGUCCGAUCACUGAUGAUGAGUGUCGCGUUCCCUUUCCAUACAAACUCUACAGCAGCGCAGCUAACUCUGAGGUAGAGUCUCACAAACUGGUUUUCAUCAGAGACACUCUGAAGCUCAUUUUAGAUCUCUACCGCCAUGACAACAUCUCAUCCGCUGGCUGGGACACCACCAAGACCGAUCACUUCUUGAUAAGCAUCGACAGACAGAUAGACGAACUCAACAGCUGCGUGUCGACACAGAGGGUAAACAGAGAACUGAGGAGGUACUUCAGGAAACUGAGAAUGAAUACCCUGCAGAGCAUGGACGGCAGCGCUGCAUCCUGGGAGUUGCUCAGGCAGCAAACCAAACUGCACCUGCAGCAACUGGAUCUUGUGGUGGCCUCCAUCAAAGCCAGGAGGGGGCGCUCUACAACAACCCGACGGCAGUGUUAAUGCAGCGUCUUUCUGCUGAUUCUGUCUUUUUAUUUAUUCACUGAUCCGGUUUUAAUUACUUUUAUUUAUUUAUUUAUACUAUUUAUUUAUUUAUAUUAUUUAUAUUUUUAUAGUUAUUUAUAUUUAUUUUUUUUACUUUGAAUUGUAACUCAUCGUGCACAAUAAAGUCAUCCCUGCUGAUCACAA